GUUGGUCUCUUUUGCGGCUAGGGUUCUCAUCGCUUCAUUCUUUUCUCUUUGAUCCUUCUCUUCUUCGCCGCUCCAAAACCCUAGCUUUUUCUUCUCUCCUUCAAGCUCUGGAUCCAUGGAGGUCAAGGUGAUGAGGAUCUUAUAUCGUAGCUAAGGUUUUAUCCAGCCGCUUCCCCGUUUGGAGAAGCUCCAAGCACCACUUAAUCGGAGAUGUCCACCACUAACCCCUUUGAUCUCCUUGUGGAUGAUGACAACGAUGAUCCAUCGCAUCUGAUUGCCGCAGCUCAGCUUCAGAAGGUAGCUGCCAAGAAACCUGCUGCACCCGCCGCCGCUCCUCCGGCCGCCGCCAAACUCCCGUCUAAGCCUCUUCCUCCUGCCGAAGCCGUGAAGGAGGCGAGGAGCAAUGCUGGACGCGGUGGUGGUGUUGGCCGAGGUGGCUUCGGCCGUGGUGGUGGUAGGGGAGGGCGGGGUGGUGAACCCCGCCAGAACAGGGGUGCAGGGAAUGAGAGUAUGAAUCCCAAUGGAUCUUCUGGAGGUUAUGGCGGUGGCUUCGGAGGAGCUGGAGGUGAGGAAGGGGAUGGUGGCAGGGUUCCUGAUAGGGAGCGUGGGUCCUAUAAUGGGCCACGCCAGUCAUUCCGUGGCGGCCGUCGUGGUGGAUAUGGGAGCGGAGAGGCUGGAGGAGAUUCUGAACGGCCACAACGCAGGACUUAUGAGAGGAGGAGCGGCACUGGCCGUGGUUCCGAGAUGAAGCGUGAAGGAGCAGGCCGUGGAAACUGGGGAACAUCCACUGAUGAAGCUUUGGUUGAGGAGACUGAGGAAAAAUUUAACGUUGAUGAUAAGGCUCUGAAUCCUGAGAAGAACAUAGAGGAGGAUGAUGUUCCUUCAUCCGAAGUUAACAAAGAUGCCAAGGAGGGUACGACAAACGAGGCAGAGCAGAAGGAAGAAGACAAGGAGAUGACUUUAGAGGAGUUUGAGAAAAUAAGGGAGGAGAAGCGGAAAAACCUGCUUGCAAUGAAAAAUGAGGAGAGGAAAGUUGACGUUGAUAAGGAAUUUGAGUCCAUGCAACAACUUUCUGUGAAGAAAGGAAAUGAUGAUAUCUUCAUUAAGUUGGGUUCUGACAAGGAUGUAAAAAAAAGAGAUGAACGUGCCAAGAAGUCUGUGAGCAUCAAUGAAUUCCUUAAGCCAGCUGAAGGGGAAAGAUACUAUACUCCUGGUGGCCGAGGCAGAGGCAGGGGUCGUGGUGGUGAUCGUGGACCUUAUCGGGGUGGCUUUGGCACCGGUGGUUCUGGCCUGGCAGUUGCUGCCCCUUCAAUUGAAGAUCCAGGGCAGUUCCCCACACUGGGUGGCAAGUAGACUCUUUGCUUGUGAACUUGUGCCAUCAUCUUACUUUAAGUUGCCAUGUUUUAUUUAAUCCACCUAUUUAGGAGAAUUGUUGUCAGGACUUUGCUUAAAUAACGACUUUUUGUUUUGUCUUCUAAUCUUAUUUUUGCUCUGGACUUCCAACUCUGUACAUGUGUGUUUACUAUGUGCUGCUACAGUAAAUGGCUGGUGUGGUUGCAAUUUCAAUUACUGCUACUUUUGCGCCCGUCUUUGAGGCACUGCUGAUCA